CCCCCACGCGCACCACAGCAGUAAGUAGUCAGUGUCCUCAGCCAUGGUCCACACGGCGUGGCUGUUGGUUGCCCUGCUCGUCGCCAGGGCCGGCGUGCUGGCGCGGGGUGAAGAACCAGAGCGAGACUCACUGGCAGACGAUUCGCAGUGGAGCGACUACGUCCGCGGAGACAGACUGCGUCUCCCGGACACUGUGCCACAGCGCACCCGCAAGAGAUCUCUGGAGAUGACUUCCGCAGCUUCCGGAAGAACGUUCGGGUCGCUGUCGAAGCGCUGCGAGGCCCCCGGACAGCGGAGGGGCCGGUGCAUGCCCGUCCGACUCUGCCGUCUGGACGAGUUCAAGGCGAACGUCUCCCUGGUCCUGGACUACCUCUGCGUCAUCAACCACAAACUGGUGGGAGUGUGCUGCCCCGAGUCCAGGCCGGGACUCAGCCCGCUGGGCGGGGGGAUCCUGCCCGCCAUCUUGGGCGCUCUCUCGCCCACGGCCGCCAACACCACCACCAGACCCGCGGGUGCAGUCGUGCCCAGGCCUACCAACAGACCUCCCGUCACCACGCCUUCGGCAAACAGAGGGUGUGGCGUCAGCAGUCUGCAAGGGGCGCGCAUCGUGGGCGGGCAGCCCGCCGACCUCAAGGAGUGGCCCUGGAUGGUGGCCCUCGUGCGCGCGCCCGACCUGCAGUUCUGCGGCGGCGUGCUCGUCACAGACCGACACGUGCUCACGGCCGCGCACUGCGUCCAGUCCAUGGAGCUGAAGAGUCUCCGCGUGCGGCUGGGCGAGUACGACCUGUCGACGACCAGCGAGUCGCCGUCCCGGGACUUCGGCGUGGCGGAGGUACGCGCGCACGAGGCCUACGCGGCCGCCAGCUACGAGAACGACAUCGCCCUCCUGAGGAUGAGCCGGCCCACGGCGUUCAACAACUACAUCUGGCCGGUGUGCCUGCCGCCGCCAGCAGCCUCCUACAGCGGCAAGCAGGCCGUCGUCAUCGGCUGGGGGACCGUGUCCUUUGGAGGACCAGCCAGCAUAACCCUGAUGGAGGUGGAAGUGCCAGUAUGGAACCUGACCUACUGCAAAACAAGGUUCACGCAGCCGGUUAGAGAUACAAACCUGUGCGCCGGUGCGUACGAAGGAGGCAAAGAUUCCUGUCAGGGUGACUCUGGCGGGCCUCUGCUGCAUCAGUUAGACAAUGGCCGGUGGGUGACCAUCGGCGUGGUGUCGUGGGGGAUACGCUGCGGCGACCGCGGCCGGCCGGGCGUGUACACGCGGGUCGACCAGUACCUCGAUUGGAUCCUCGACAACGCCGUAUUCUAGCUGCCAGCCGUCAGCACGUUGGGCUCCAGUUACCAACAUCCACGAGUACCAGUUACCAACAUCCACAAUGAGUGCCAGUCAUCAACAUUGGACUCCAGUCACCCGCACUUUGGGCGCCAGUCACCAACAUUGGACUCCAGACACCCGAACUUUGGGCUCCAGACACCAACAUCCACGAGUGCCAGUUACCAACAUCCACAAUGAGUGCCAGUCACCAACAUUGGACUCCAGUCACCCGCACUUUGGGCGCCAGUCACCAACAUUGGACUCCAGACACCCGAACUUUGGGCUCCAGACACCAACAUCCACGAGUGCCAGUUACCAACAUCCACAAUGAGUGCCAGUCACCAACAUUGGACUCCAGUCACCCGCACUUUGGGCGCCAGUCACCAACAUUGGACUCCAGACACCCGAACUUUGGGCUCCAGACACCAACAUCCACGAGUGCCAGUUACCAACAUCCACAAUGAGUGCCAGUCACCAACAUUGGACUCCAGUCACCUGCACUUUGAGCGCCAGUCACCAACAUCCACAAUGAGUGCCAGUCGUCCACAUUGUGUGUCAGUCACCCACGUUGAGCUCCAGUCACCCGCGCUUUGAGGCCCAGUCACCAGCAUCCACAUUGAGUGCCAGUUGUCUAUACAUUAGGCAUCAUUCACCAAAUGUUUGGUGCCACUAAGGCCGGUAUUCAAAGACACAAAAAUAAGGUUUUAGGCGUUGAAUAUGCUACACCCAUUCUCAUACCGUAUUCCUACUGCACGAUAGGACACGGCCAGUCCCUUAUAUUUAGGGAACGUAUUUAGGUGUCCUAUCCGUGGCCCAAAUUCCGCACACACGCAGAGCUUACUUUUUACUUGAUUUCGUUCAGAUGGCGGACCCACGUCUGGCGCCAUUAACUCGUAUAUAUUAAAUUUCGCGAAUAUCGAGGGACGUACCAAACAUAUUGGUGUGCCAAAUUAAACUUAAUGGUAGCGAAAUUAUCCUAGAAUAUAUUUUGUAAAUUUUAAUGGUCAUAACAAGAAAUAACCUCUUCUUUAAAAUUACUUGAGAAAAUCAGAAUAAUACAAAUUUAUUUUUCGUGCGACGGUGCUGCUAUUUAUAGGAAUUUUGCCGUACCAAUUGUACUGAUGGUUGCUCAAAGUCCGCUAGAAUGCGUCGGAACCAGUUUCUAGCCUUGCGCGGGACACCGUUUAUUAAAACUGUUGCCGAUUUGAUUCCUUACUGGGAUUCGGUUUGUACACGUUCUGGAAUACGGCCCGCGAGUUAGGUUACGGUUGUAUCCCAACAAGUUAGUGCUUAUUCGCUGCCUUACCCGAACGUCUUGGAAUACCGGCCUAAGACGCACCUUGGGCGCCAUUUACAAACACACUGGGUGCUCGUCACCCACACAUUAGGAAUAGUCCACUGAUUAUCUGGCGCCAGUCUUCUGAGUGUUGGGUUUCAGCCUCAGACCACGUCACUGCGCAUGGUGGGAGAUCACGUGACAACACUUGCUCCGCGUUUAUUUGUACACCAAUCAGAAGUCCUCGAAACAUACUUUCAAUCCUCUGUUUACAUCCUUUUGCCCCAUUUCUUUGGACCUGGUAAAUUCUAAACCCGCAUCAGUCACUUCAAAUUGUUAAAUGUGAACACACGUAAAUAUGUCUCUACUAUGUCAGUUUUUUAAAUUUUGAUUUAAUUUGUAUUACAAAUAAAACAACACGAUUUCAGGGAUUAAAAAGCCCAUUAUUUUGCUUUUAUGCAGGCACAAUAGCACAGAACCAAUGCCCCAAUUUAGCCGCCAGCCAGACAGGGUGCAUCCCAAACACAUUUAGUUACAUCACAUAGAGUUUAAAAUCGAAGGUUGAUUAAAAAUCACGAAAAAACUGUAAAAGGAUGAUUUAACUAAACAUGGUGCCUGGUAUUCAACUGGAACUAUCUUCAUAUCACAGUCUUGAAAGAGCGACAAUAAUAAUUUUAUAAUGUAAUUACUGGUAUUAUUGUGCCUGAAGUGUGACACAAUGCUGGCUCAGUUAAAAUACUAAAUUAUAACUGUUUAAAUAUCUUUUUUUUCCUUUUUCCACUGUAAUAAUUUUAAUAAGAAAGUCUAUUUAGACUUUGCUUCCUGAAGUAAAGCUUAUUUAGUUGUUUUUAAGAGUACGGUUACGUGACACAGUUAAACUAAUUUAAGUUAAUAUAUAUAGAUAUCCAUAUUUUGAAAAAAAAAAAAAAAAAAAACACUUUAUUGAGAAUAAAGUGCUUGUCAGGUUUACAGCUCCAAUCAAUCGAAAUGUUUAUGUAAAUGUUUCGUUGUUUAUUGGGAAUGAUCUUCAAUUGCAUGUCUGCAGCUAUAAUAACGUACAAUUAUUCUGUGUUGCCAUUCCCUUACGCAAAAUAAAUCAGUUCAUAAAUUUUA